AUGUUCUUUAAAAAAAAUUCUCACUUUAUCAUAGAGGGGUUGUCAGAAUUAAAAGAUCAAGGCUUAAAUAUUUAAAACAAGAUAAUCAAACUUAAAAAGCCUAGAGAAUUCUUUAAGAAUAUAAGUAUACACAGAUAAUAUAUUAAAAAAAAUAAGUAAUCUUAAACAAAGUAGAAUAACUAAUUUUCCAAUCAUUUUUGA